AUGCCUCACAGUUUCGGUUAUCGUGCUAGAACAAGACACACCUUUGCUAGACCAUUCAGAGCUCACGGUCUCUUGGCAAGCAAGUUCUUCUUGACCAACUUCAAGCUCGGUGAUUAUGUUACCGUCAAAGUAAACAGCAAUGAACACAAGGGUAUGCCACACAGAACCUAUCACGGAAAGACUGGUAGAGUCUGGAACGUUACUCCAAGAGCUGUCGGUGUUGAAAUCAACAAGACUGUCAGAAACAGAAUUAUCAAGAAGAGAUUCCACGUCAGAAUGGAACACGUUGUGAAGAGCAAGUGUCGUCAAGAUUUCUUGGAAAGAUGUAAGCUCAAUAAUGCCAUUGCUCUUGCAAACAAGACCUCUGAAAAGAAGAAGAAGUUCAUUAAGAGACUCCCAGCUCAACCAAGACCUGGUUUCACUUUGAAGCUUGAAAACGUUGUUGACGUUAUUCCACCAGAAUUCGUUGAAACUGCUUAA